GUACAAAACCCAAGACAUCUGAAGCUAUCAGGCUAAGUUAGACGAUAUGAGAAUAUUCAACCCAGCUGUCGUCUCGUUGUGGUGGGCUCUUGGGGUUAUCGCUGUUCCGAUGCGGAUACUAGUUGCACCGCCGGCUGAAUUCACACCCAACACUAAGGUUGGUCCUGGUGGAAGUAGGUACAAAGACUCACCGCAUUUCCGCGUCUACGAUGCUGCAGACGAUUCUGUUGCGAACACUCUACUUCAGACUUUGGAAUCCGCCUACGAUUGCUUCGUUCUUGGUCAGGGAUGGCGUUCAACCGGCCUGUCAUUUAAUCAGGAGAACGACGAUGGACCGUGGUAUAAGAUGAACGUUUAUGACGUGGCCAAUCUAGGAGCCAACACUGCAGCAAACACGGGGACCGAUAGUGCUACGGGGCUAAGCUUCUUGAACGUCGUCACACAAUGGAUGAACACACCUUCGAUAACCGUUCACGAAUUCGGACACGCCUUAACGUACGCUGAAAGAUACUGGAUCAACCAAGGACGCACUGGGGCUUGGUGGGAAACGAUAGCCAAUUUUGUUGCUGAUACAUUCGUCACUUCUUCGAUCUGUGAGGGUUCCAGGUCCCGUUAUAAUCAAUCUAGUGGCGACACUCUGAUGAACCUCAAAAAAGUAAUUGGCGACUCAUAUCAAGUCAUCGUAGACGGAUCAAGGGGAACCGGUAACUACUACGAAGCAUGGCCAUUUUUGACAUAUAUCACGAACAACCCAGACAACUAUCCCGGGUUAGGCAUGGUGAACUUUCCGAACGUCUGGCGAAAGUAUAAGCGGGACAGCAACGAGACGCCUUUGCAUAUUCUGGAUCAGCUUUCUGCGCCCACCAAGAUUCAAACCGUCGUCGGCCGCUACUGGGCUCGGAUGGCAUACGUCGAUAUUGGACACGAAAAGGCUAGAGCCCUUUUUGAAAGGCAAAAAAAGGAGUUUAAUUAUGCGAACUUGGAUUCGUUAGGUGGAGGGAAAUACCGGGUCAAAGCCGCUCGACAGCCUCGCUACAUGGGUGCCAACAUCAUCCCUCUUAAAGUGACUGGCACAUCGGUCAGCGUGGCUAUAAGUACCGCAGCUCCAUACACGGCAUCCCUAGCAAUCAAGGCACCGAACGGGUCUGUUCGAUAUAUUGAGGUGUCGGAUAACGAGGCAGAAGCGUCCGUGGCUAGCGGAGAGGAGGCAUCUUUGGUGAUUGUUAACACACCGGACUCUCUAUAUCUUUACGACCCUUUCUCACUUACUAAUGAUGUAAGCCGAGGCCUAGAUUAUCAGGUGCAGAUCACGGGGGCGAGCACGUAGAUCCGUGCCGCGUUUUAAGAAUUCAUGCGAAGUAAAAAGUAAAAAGUAGAAAGCAGAAAGCCGGUAUUCAACUUCAAGGUCAUCAUGGCGUCGGCUCUCCCAUGAAUUCUUAUCGUGACGAUCGUGCAGUAUUACUGAUGAUAAUGGCCAUGACGAUUUGUUGAAGAAGG